AUGGACUUGUGGAGCUGGGAAGAAACGGCGCCGCAGGAAGUGCCCCAUGGGGACAAGCUGUCCGCGCUGGAAGGAGCCGACUUCGGUUUUUAUUUUCCUGAACUGGCGCUCCCAGGGGACACGCCCACCGCGGAGACUAGCUGGAAAGAGCUGGCCUGGAGCCCGGCAUUACCGCCCACAGAUGGUAGCAGCCCGCAGCCUGCAGCUCCCUGGGGGGCUGAGCCCGCUUUUCAGGCCCACGCGUGGUCAGUCGACUGGACGGACUCGGUGUGCCCAGCCGACCCAGCGUGCCCCACCUCGGACCCCUGGAACCGCUUCUCCCACACCUGUGCUGGGGCUGAAGUGGCAACUGCUCCCUCGGCCGCAGGGGCCACCUCGUGGUCGUGUGCCCAGACCUCCAGGAGCACCACCAGCUGGGACUGUGCUGUGAACCCCAACGGCGCCACCUGCUGGGGCGACGGCCUGGGCGGAGAGCCGCUUGUGGACUACACCGGGUCCUCGGGCAGGCCUGCGGGCUCCGACUGCACCAGCUCCUGGUACCCGGAGCCGCAGGCCGAAAGCGCCACGUUUUCGGGGUGCCAGAGUUCAGCUCUCACCUCUUCCUCCAAUCUGAGCCAGCCUUCGGACCCUCCCAGUCUGGCUCGUGCCCCCAAAACCAACCACCGAGGUCCCAUUCAGCUGUGGCAGUUCCUCCUGGAGUUACUUCACGACAGGGCGCGUCGCAGCUGCAUCCGCUGGACAGGCAACAGCCGCGAGUUCCAGCUGUGCGAUCCCAAGGAGGUGGCGCGGCUGUGGGGCGAGCGCAAGAGGAAACCAGGAAUGAAUUACGAGAAGCUGAGCCGAGGCCUGCGCUACUACUACCGCCGGAACAUCGUGCACAAGAGCGGGGGACGCAAAUACACGUACCGCUUCGGGGGUUGUGUGCCGGGUCUCACCUCUCUGGACUUUGCAGGCGACGAACUGGGGGCAGAGACUCAAUAA